AUGGCUUUGUCGGAACUCUAUACGAAGUACAACAGAGUGUGGAUACCGGAUGCAGAGCAUGUCUGGAAGUCAGCAGAGAUUCUGAGAGACUUCAAACCUGGAGACGAGGCUUUAGAACUGCAGCUUGACGAUGGCACUAAGAUGGUGUACCCCCUGGACAAAUCCAGUCCUCAGCUCCCUGACCUCCGCAACCCCGAUAUCCUGGUGGGAGAGAAUGAUCUGACAGCUCUCAGCUAUCUCCACGAGGCUGCCGUACUACACAAUCUCAAAGUGCGCUUCGUGGAGUCCAACAUUAUCUACAGCUACUGUGGAAUCAUCCUGGUGGCUGUCAACCCAUACAAGCAGCUUCACAUCUAUGGAGAUGCAGUCAUUCAGGCGUACUCUGGACAGAACAUGGGAGCUAUGGAUCCUCACAUAUUCGCUGUGGCAGAGGAGGCUUACAAACAGAUGGCCAAGAACAAUAAGAACCAGUCUGUUAUAGUGAGUGGUGAGUCUGGAGCCGGCAAGACCGUGUCUGCUAGGUAUGUCAUGAGGUACUUCGCUAUGGUCAGCAAGUCUAGCAGCAAAACACACGUGGAAGACAAAGUUCUGGCAUCCAAUCCAAUAACUGAGGCUAUUGGAAAUGCCAAGACGACCAGGAACGACAACAGCAGCCGCUUUGGGAAGUACACAGAGAUCAGCUUCGACAGGAGAUAUCAGAUCGUCGGUGCCAACAUGAGGACGUAUCUCAUGGAGAAAUCUAGAGUGGUUUCCCAGUCACAGAACGAGAGAAACUACCACAUCUUCUACCAGAUGUGUGCCUGUGCAGAGCAGUCUGAGUUCAAGAGCCUGAGAUUGUUGAGUGCAGAUGAGUUCAGGUACACCUGCAUGGGCGGGGAGACGAGUAUCGAGGGGGUGGACGACAGGAAAGACAUGGAAGAGACACGCAGGACCUUCUCGUUGUUGGGGUUAACGGAGGACUUCCAGUCGGAUGUGUUCAAGGUGCUGGCUGGGAUUCUACACCUGGGGAAUGUGGAGAUAAGAAACGUUGGAUCAGACAGAUCAUCAGUUAGUUCCAGUGAUCAACACCUAGCUGCUUUCUGUGACCUUCUCGGGGUCAGUCCUGAUGGUGUUACCCGUUGGCUGUGCCAUCGCAGGAUAGCCAUGGUGGCAGAGACGGUGGUGAAGGCGGUGCCCAGUGAACGCGCUGUGAACUCCAGAGAUGCCCUCGCCAAGCAGAUCUAUGCCCACCUGUUCGACUGCGUCAUCCAGAAGAUCAACGCAGCCCUGCAGGUGCCAGGGAAACAGCACUCCUUCAUAGGAGUACUGGACAUCUAUGGGUUUGAAACAUUUGACAUCAACAGUUUUGAACAGUUUUGCAUCAACUAUGCCAAUGAGAAGCUUCAGCAACAAUUCAACUUGCAUGUGUUCAAGCUGGAGCAGGACGAGUACAUGAAAGAGGAUAUUCCCUGGACUCUGAUAGACUUCUAUGAUAACCAGCCGGUCAUUGACCUGAUUGAAGCGAAGAUGGGAAUCCUGGACCUGCUGAAUGAAGAAUGUCUGUUCCCCCAGGGUACAGAUCAGAACUGGCUUCAGAAGCUGUACAACUACCUGGCUGACAACCCUCUGUUUGAGAAGCCCAGGAUGUCCAACAAGGCCUUCAUCAUUCAACAUUUUGCUGACAAGGUAGAAUAUCAAUGCCGGGGUUUUCUAGAGAAGAACAGAGACGCAUUGUAUGAAGAGCUGGUGGAUACCAUGGCAACCAGUAAGUUUCCUCUCCUGGCCAACUUCUUCCUGGAGGUGGAGCCAGAUGGGUUGGGCACUAAAGGCAUCAAAGUGAGGCCUGCACAGCCUCGGGUGAAACCAGCCAAUAAGAACCACAGGACCACUGUGGGAGAGAAGUUCAGCAGUUCUCUGUACCUGCUGAUGGAGACUCUGAAUGCCACCACCCCUCACUACGUACGCUGCAUCAAACCCAACGAGGAAAAGAUGCCGUUUGAGUAUGACUCUAAGCGGGUGGUCCAGCAGCUGAGGGCGUGUGGAGUCCUGGAGACCAUUCACAUCAGUGCUCAGAGCUACCCUUCCAGGUGGAAAUACAUAGAGUUCUACAGCCGGUACAGUGUACUGAUGAGUCAAGAGGAGCUGGGCCUCAACCACAAGAAACUGGCCUGUAAAACAGUGCUGCAGAGGCUAAUUCAGGACUCAGAUCAGAACAAGUUUGGCCGGACCAAGAUUUUCUUCCGAGCGGGUCAGGUGGCCUACCUGGAGAAGCUUCGAUUGGACCGUCUCCGAAAGGCAUGUCUGACCAUCCAGAAGCACGUGAGGGGGUGGAGCCACAGGAGGAAGUUCCUUCGCAUGAGGGAGGCGGUGAUCGUCCUCCAACAGUACGUCCGUGGACAGCGGCAGAUAUGUAAAACGGUGACAGCUGCAGCAUUGAAACAAGGCUGGGCUUCUGUGGUCAUUCAGAGGUACUGGAGAAGUUAUCUGACCCGACAGAUCUAUAGAAUGGUCCGUUCCUCCUCUAUCAUCAUCCAAGCCUUCGCUAGAGGCUGGAUCGCCAGGAAACGCUACAAAAAGAUGGUGGAGGUGCAGAAAGCACUGAUCUUACAGAAGUAUGCCCGGGCGUGGCUCGCCAGGAGACGCUUCCAGAGCCUGCGCCGCCUGGUACACAACGUACAGCUCUCCUACAGGUGCCAGAAGCUCGGGAAGGAACUGGAAGAUCAGGCCAAAGAGAACCGUGGGCUGUUGGAGAGGCUGACAGGUCUGGCCGGUGCUCAUGCCCAAGGUCUAGACAAGCUGCGCUGUCUGGAGGCCCAGCUGGGGAAAUCAGCCACUGAGAAGGCUUCGCUAGAUGAGCGAGAGAAGAAGAGCAAGGAGGAUGCCAUGAAGACGAUAGCUCAGCUUCAAGAGGAAAAAGACAAAUUAAUCAUUGAAAGGCAGAACUUGGAAAAGAAGUGUGCAGAUUCAACAACAGAGAUGAAAGACAGAUUUCAUCAAAUCAAGACAACUCUGAAAGAAGAUUUGGAACGAGAAGAAAGAUUGAGGAAGAUUGCAGAGAACAACCUUGACCUGCAGAAGGAGGACCAUGAGAAGGAGGUGGAGGUUCUGAGGAAGGAGAACAGGUGGCUGAAGGAGGAGAUAUUUGGCCUACAGAGACAGACAGAGGAGGAGGCGCAGUUCAACACUGAUCUACAGGACCAGGUCAUACAGCUCACCAGGCACGUCAAGGUGAUACCCGAGUUACGUAAAGAUCUUCACAACCUGCAGACCCAGAGAGAUGAUCUGGGCAGGAAGAUGAAGAAUCAGUCAGAACAGGCCAGAGCCAAGAUGAGUGUGAUCACAAGACGACUUCUUUGUGGCAUGGUUGAAGAGGAGGUCAUUUCCAGGUUGACCUCCGACAGUCCAGACCAGAUCUAUGAAGUUGGGAAUUUGUCGACUGCAUUUGAUGGACUGCAGAAAGCUUGCAGGCUGUUGGAGGAGCAUGCUGAGGAGGUGGAGAGGGAGAAUAAGGAAGUGGAGAGACAGAAGCAGGAAGUGGAGAGGGAUAAGCAGGAAGUGGAGAGGGAGCAGGAAGAGGUGAAGAGGGAGAAGGAGGAGGUGGAGAGAGAGAAGGAGGAAGUGGAGAGAGAGAAGGAGGAGGUGGAGAGGGAGAAGGAGGUGGUGAAGACAGAGAAGGAGGAGGUGGAGAGGGAAAAGGAGGAGGUGAAGACAGAGAAGGAGGAGGUGGAGAGGGAGAAGGAGGAAGUGGAGAGGGAGAGGGAGGAGGUGGAGAGGGAGAAGGAGGAAGUGGAGAGGGAGAAGGAGGAAGUGGAGAGAGAGAAGGAAGAAGUGGAGAGAGAGAAGGAGGAGGUGGAGAGGGAGAAGGAGGAGGUGAAGGAAGUGGAGAGAGAGAAGGAGGAGGUGAAGAGGGAGAAGGAGGAGGUGAAGACAGAGAAGGGGGAGGUGGAGAUGGAGAAGGAAGAAGUGGGGAGGGAGAAGGAGAAGGUGGAGAGGGAGAAGGAAGAAGUGGAGCGGGAGAAGGAGGAGGUGGAGAGAGAAAAGGAGGAAGUGGAGAGAGAGAAGGAGGAGGUGAAGAGAGAGAAGGAGGAGGUGAAGAUGGAGAAGGAGGAGGUGAAGAGAGAGAAGGAGAAGGUGGAGAGAGAGAAAGAGGAGGUGAAGAGGGAGAAGGAGGAGGUGAAGACAGAGAAGGGGGAGGUGGAGAUGGAGAAGGAAGAAGUGGGGAGGGAGAUGGAGAAGGUGCAGAGGGAGAAGGAGGAAGUGGAGCGGGAGAAGGAGGAGGUGGAGAGAGAAAAGGAGGAAGUGGAGAGAGAGAAGGAGGAGGUGAAGAGGGAGAAGGAGGAGGUGAAGAGAGAGAAGGAGGAGGUGAAGAGGGACAAGGUGGAGAUGGAGGAGGUACUCAGGAAGCAGAAGAACACAGAGAACGAGGCCAAGGCCAGAUUCAGUCAGGAGGCAUCACGACUCACUGCAGAGAACAUGGUCUUUGAAGAGCAGCUCGACAUGAAGGACAGGUUGAUAAGGAAGCUGAGAAACCAAAUCAAGAGCCUUCAAACAUCAGAGGAAGCCAAUCAAACACCAGCGCCCACUAUUACCAACGAAUACCGUGGCAUGUUGGAAUACAAGAGGGAGGAUGAAGCCAAGCUCAUUCAAUACGUCAUUCUGGACCUGAAGCCCAGAGGAGUUAACAUGAUCCCCAACAUGGCUGCUCAGCUUCUCUUCAUGUGUGUCCGUCACGCUGACUACCUUAACGAUGGAGCCAAGCUCAAGUCUCUCAUGAACGCCAUCAUCAGUGGGGUUAAAAAGGUCAUCACGGAUCACCAAGAAGACUUUGAGUUGCUAUCGUUCUGGCUGUCCAACAUGUAUCACAUUCUCAGCUGCCUGAAACAGUACAGUGGAGAAGAGGAGUUUAUGAAACAGAACACUCCGCGUCAGAAGAAGAACUGCUUGCAGAAUUUUGACUUGUCUGAACACAGACAGAUCUUCAGUGAUCUGGCCAUCUGUAUCUACCACCAGUUUAUAUCUGUUAUGGAGAAGGCUCUUAUGCCCAUGAUCGUUCCCUGUAUGCUGGAGCACGAGACUCUCCAGGACAUCUCUAGUAUGAAGCCUACAGGUUUCCGCAAGCGUUCCAGCAGCAUCUAUGAGGACCAGGAGAUCUGCACCAUCUACUCUCUCCUCCAGCAGCUCAGUCUGUACCACAGCACUAUGAGUCAGCACGGCAUGGAGGAGGGGCUGGUCAGACAGGCUGUGAAACAGACCUUCUUCCUGGUGGGUGCGGACACACUCAACAACAUCCUGCUACGCAAAGACAUGUGCUCCUGUAGGAAGGGCAUGCAGAUCAGGUGUAACAUCAGUCACCUGGAGGCGUGGCUAAAGGAGAAGGACCUAGUGCAGGGUACCAUGGCUACUCUGAAGCCUCUGUGUCAGGCUGCCUGGCUGCUGCAGGUCAACAAGACCACUGAUGACGACAUCAAAGACAUCACAGAGCAAUGCUCAGAACUCAGCCCUCUACAGAUUGUCAAGAUUUUGAACUCUUACACGCCCACUGAUGAUUUUGAGAAAAGGGUGGCACCGUCGUUCGUCCGCAAAAUUCAGGGCUUGCUCCAAGACCGUGAGGGGGGAUCCUCCCAGCUGAUGCUGGAUACCCAGUAUCGUUUCCAAGUCACCUUCCCCUUCACCCCGUCCUCUCAGGCCCUGGAGCUACUGGAGAUACCAUCCAGCCUAAGACUGGGCUUCCUCACCAGGAUUUAACCUCUAACCCCUGACCUCUGACCCCUUCACCCUGUCCUCUCAGGCCCUGGAGCUACUGGAGAUACCAUCCAGCCUCAGACUGGGCUUCCUCACCAGGAUCUAACCCCUGACCUCUGACCUCUGACCCCUUCAUCCUGUCCUCUCAGGCCCUGGAGCUACUGCAGAUACCAUCCAGCCUCAGACUGGGCUUCCUCACCAGGAUCUAACUUCUAACCCCUGACCCCUGACCCCUUCACCCUGUCCUCUCAGGCCCUGGAGCUACUGCAGAUACCAUCCUGCCUCAGACUGGGCUUCCUCACCAGGAUCAAACCUCUGACCCCUGACUAGAGAAGCGGUCCAGUAACCUAAAGGUGGCUGGUUUUUAAUCCCAGUGAUGACAGGGGAAAAGCUGUCAGAAGAGGAAGUUGCCGCUUUCUACUAGAGUCUCAGGUGGUUCCGACUGCCAUUGUGUCCUUGAGCAAGGCACUCCUAACCAACCAAUCAAUCAAUCAAUUAAUCAAAUGUAUUUAUGAAGCUCUUUUUACAUCAGCCGAUGUCACAAAGUGCUGUACAGAAACCCAGCCUAAAACCCCCAAACAGCAAAAGCAAUGCAGAUGUAGAAGCACAGUGGCUCCAGGGACGCUGCUCUUAAAACCAACCUUUUACAAUCUUCACAGUAAUUAUGGAUCCAAAUACAGUUUGAUAGAAAUAUUAAGAUGACUCCUGACGAAUGUCUGAUGUACAGCAAAAAUGUACAGCAAAAAUGUACAGCAAAAAUGUACAGCAAAAAUGUACAGCAAAAAUGCAAAUGCUGUCUAUUUGCAGACGGAGUGAUUUUCUAAAGCUUGGUAGUAUAACGAGAAACCUUACUUUCUCAGUUCAGAUGAGAUGACGAAUGUGAACUGUGUUGUUUUUAAAAAAAUAUUGUCUGUGUAAAUUGAGAAUGUGACCACUCAAUGAUAUUGAGUAUCAUGCUCAGUAAAUAAAACAUGGCUUGGUUUUUGUU